ACUGCAAGAAACAAACAACAUCCUUCGCAUUGCACCUUUUCCGCAAAACAUAAUGAACACAACGAACCCGACUAACUCUGCACCAUCCACGAUUAUGUUUCCAAAUCUACCAUUGGAGCUUCGCGAGAUCAUCUACCAUCAUGCGAUACUCCCAGAAGACCUUACUUCUCAGUCUCAGCCUGUGAACUUCGGCGCCGUAGACACCCGGCGUGGAGGCGACCCUUUCUACCUCCAGUGGCUCCAACAACUCUGUCGCGUGAACCAAGCCACAUGCGUCGACGUCUCCCUGCAUCUUCUACGGACGACUGAGUUCUACCUCAUGUACCCUGAGCAAGCAGAACGUUUCACAAUGCUCCUGGAGAGUCUAAGCGAGAGCGACCAAGGCUUUGCCGCAAUUCGCAAACUCGAUUUUCAGCUCUUCGGCCGCUAUGAACCGAGCGCAGGGACUAGGAACAUAUGCAUCGAGCUCAUGAAGCGCUGUACAGGGUUAACGCAAGUCACGUUGAAGUUUGAAGCUGGGUACAUGACGAUUGGCUCAUGUAACUGGGCUGAGGAUGUUAUUAUCCCUCCAACAAUGUUGUGGGACUUUGAUCUAUGGACCUUUGAUCAAACGCGUAUCAGAGAGCUGGAAGAUAUCAUCACAAUUUAUCGGUUGGACAAUCUCCUAGAUGUAGAGAGUUUGCAGACGUUGAUAAUUGAGGCCUGGCCUCGGAUCAGGGUAAGUGAUCGGCACGGUACGCAGAACGUUUUAGUGGACUGUGCGCCGUUGAUCGAGCGGUUGGUGGUAUGGCUUAGGGAGGGGUUUGCAGCCAGAGGGAGAAAGGUCGAUGUGAAGUACGUGGGGGCGAGUAGUCCGGGAUUGAGGUGGAGUAGGCGGAUCUGAGGUAGUAGUUGCUGAGGCUUGCAUCUGAAAUCAGUCAUCACUGUCUCAUUACCCUGACUGAGUCGAUUGUCCAAACUGCAUGAGCGGUCGUCAUGCUGAAUGACACCACAAACAGAAACACUGCUCCUAUCGUCUACCGAAGUAUGUGCAUAGUAGGUUGCCGUAUAGUGAAAAUAAUGC